UGGAUGUUGCCACUUUUCUCCUUUCCAAUGGCAUCCCAUUCAACACACUCCUCCCAGCUCCCUCUCUUAAACCAUUAGAAGCUCGCUCAGUCACCCAUUCCGAACCGAGCAUCCUGAAUGAAGGGCACGACUAUGACGCAUAUAUCAAGAUUCGUGACUCACACUUACGAUCCAACAGCAGGUGUCGUCGUGCUCUGUCUAUGGGUGGAAUUGUCCGGCGUAUUGCCAGCGAAUGUCUUGUCGACUCUGAUGUACUCGCAAUCCCAUCUCAGGAAGCUCUAGAAUGGAAGGGUGAGGUGUAUGUCCUUGAUGGAGAUGUCAUGGUCGACGAUGCAUUGUCUGCUCAGGAAUUGGUCAUUAUCCGUGGAGUGUACACCUUCAAAGCAUCAGACAGUCCCACUUCUCCAUCUUGGUUUCCGAGGACCAGAGCUUGGGGUCUCUCUGGUUAUAAUAAGGGCUUUUGGGGUUCAGACGCCGAGGCCUGGUAUAGUCGACGAUGCAGUAACCUAUUCUCGGGAAGCAAGGGGAAGAUUAUCACACGCAAUUGGCGAAAUUAUAUUCGAUUCACUGAACAUACACAUACUUUCCUAAAGGAUAUGGAUGCUCAUGCCCUUGCAUACUUAAAAUCACCGGACGCUGCACCUCUCCUUUACACACCUUGAA